GCAGAAUGCAAAAUGAAUCACAACGAACGAACACUAUGGAGCGUUACAGAAAGAAAAUGUUUACACUUACUUCAAUCAAAGAACAAAACUUUCACAACACUUCUUCAAAUCCAAGCUUUCAUUCUCAAAAACUCACUACAAAAUAAUCUCAAUCUUGUCACUAAAUUCAUCUCAUCUUGCACUUCAUUCGCUUCUUCAUCCUCCCGCAAAAACGACGCCGUUUCAAUCGUUCAACACGCACGUCGUUUCUUCAACCACACGCCAACCCACAACCGCGACGAGUUUCUCUGCAACACUAUUAUCAAUACCCAUUUCUCCAUUCGUCAAUUCGAUGAGGGUUUUAUUCUUUAUAAGGAGCUUUGUAGAGAGAAUUUUGUACCUAGUUCUUAUACUUUUACUUCGGUUUUAAAGGGUUGUGCUGCUUGUAAUGGUGUGAGAGAAGGUUUGGAGGUUCAUGGAGUUGUUUUGAAAAAUGGGUUUUGUUUUGAUUUGUAUGUUGGGACUAGUUUGAUUGAUAUGUAUGUGAAAUUUGGUUUUGUGGGUUUUGCUAGGAAGGUGUUUGAUGAAAUGUGUGUGAAGAGUUUGGUUUCGUGGACUGCAGUUAUUGUUGGGUAUGCGAGGUGUGGGGAUAUGAGUGAGGCAAGGAAGCUUUUUGAUGUUAUGCCGGAUAAGGAUAUUGCUGCUUUUAAUGUUAUGAUUGAUGGGUAUGUUAAGAUGGGGUGUAUGGAUUUGGCGAGGGAUUUGUUUGAUAAGAUGAGAGAUAAGAAUGUUAUUUCUUGGACUAGUAUGGUUCAUGGUUAUUGUGAGGAUGGUGAUGUUGAUAAGGCUAGGUUUUUGUUUGAUUGUAUGCCUCAGAAGAAUGUGCUUAGUUGGAAUGCGAUGAUUUGGGGGUAUUGUCAGAAUAGAAGGCCGCAUGAUGCGUUGGAGUUGUUUUGUGAAAUGAGGGGGAAUGUGGGUGUGGAAAUGAAUGAAGUCACUGUUGUGAGUGUUCUUCCUGCUGUUGCUGAUUUGAGUGCUUUGGAUUUGGGAGGUUGGAUUCAUGGGUUUGUAGAAAGGAACCAGCUUGAUGGAUCUGUUCAUGUGUGUAAUGCAUUGGUUGAUAUGUAUGCAAAAUGUGGGGAAAUUGGAAAAGCGAAAUUGGUUUUUGAGGAGAUGGUGGAAAAAGAUACGGGUUCUUGGAAUGCUAUGAUAAAUGGUUAUGGAGUCAAUGGAUGUGCGAAGGAAGCGUUGGAGGUGUUUGCGGUGAUGUUACGAGAAGGUUUUGAACCAAAUGAGAUAACUAUGACUAGUGUGUUAUCUGCUUGCAACCAUUGUGGUAUGGUAGAGGAAGGAAGAAGAUGCUUCAAAGCAAUGGAGAGAUUUGGGAUUGUGCCUCAGAUCGAGCAUUAUGGUUGUAUGAUUGAUCUCCUAGGAAGGGCUGGAAGCUUGGAUGAAGCUGAAAAUUUAAUUCAGGCCAUGCCUUACGAUGCUAAUGAGAUAAUAUUGACUUCGUUUCUAUUUGCUUGUUGUUACUUUGAAGAUGUAUCAAGGGCUGAAAGAGUGCUAAAAGAGGCGGUGAAAAUGGAGAAGGAAGGUGCCGGAGACUAUGUGAUGUUGAGAAAUUUGUAUGCCACAGGACGACGGUGGGGAGAUGUGGAGGAUGUUAAACAAAUGAUGAAGAAAAGAGGAUCAAAUAAAGAGGUUGCUUGGAGUGUUAUUGAGGUUGAUGGUAGAUUUGAAGAAUUUGUGGCUGGGUAUUACUUGCAUUCACAUUCGCAUCUGGAGGUUAUUCAGUCAACAUUGGGGCAGUUAUUUAAGCACAUGAAAGUUGAAACAAUUUAUUAAAAUUUGAAAGGGAAAGCUAAAAGAGAGAGUGGUCAAAAGGAAGCUAAAAUUCGGAAAACGGAAAAAUAUGUCUUAUUCUGCAUCUCUUUCAAAAUGUUUUUUAGUCCAUUCAGGACCAGGAUCCUAGAGUCAACCUGAAAGAUAGUGAUCGUUGAGUCCAGAUUUGACCUUUAUCAUGGCAGAGUUAUCAGAGAUGAAUUGCUUAACCAGUUCUGUUCACCGAGGAAUCUUUCAGCUAGAUAUCUAUGGUGAGUUUGUUCUAUACAGCAUGAUAAAAAGAAUGAUAUUCUAAUUGGAGGAAAAAGACUAGGUACUGAUCUGAAAUUCACUGUAAGAAACAAAUGAUUAGACUUCUUCCCCAAAUUUGGGUUCUCUGGAACGAUGUUUUAUAAAAUACAAUACCUCCAUACCUGAAUGAAAAUGUAAAACCUCAUUUUGAUUGAGAUCAAUAAAAAACCUGAAACAAGCUCCAGUUGAUUGGUUCAAAUUGUCAGCUCCGUCAGUUAAUCUAACUAACAAUAUCACAUAGAGGUCCACAUGUCCUUCAAUGUCUAGGUUGAGUCAACAGACGAAAAAAUGAAUGCUUAAAUACAAGUGUGGCGAAGGUCAACCGUGCUUCCCUUAAGAAGUUUGGGGAGACUGCUGAAAAGUGCUUGUCUGAGUAUGGAGUGGACAGGCCAUCCAUGGUAGAUGACCCGUGGAAUCUUCAAUAUGCUUUGCAGUUCCAAGAGACCUAAUAAAAUCUCUUGGAACCUGAAGAUCGUAGCACAAACCACAUUAUCGGAAUUCUGUUCACCGUCUUGAGCAUUUCGUUAAAAGUGCGAGUAUGAUCAAUGGGGCAACUCUGUCACUGAUGAUGAUGCAGAAGAUAAGUUCCUAUUGUGUGUCCAUGAUUCUGGCCAUAAGCCAUUGAGUAUAGUUACUGUUUUGGCCUUUUACUAAUUGAAAAGUCCCAAUUGAUGAAUGAAGGUAUAUUUCUGUUUGGUUAUUGCUUGUGUAAUCCUUGCUUUUUUUGCUUAUAUAAGCAAGUUACUGUAUAAUAUCCAUAAGAUCUGUUGUACUUUGUGUAAGGCAAUUAACAGUUCAGCUCCACAAAUUGUUCUUACAUGUUACAAAAAAUGUUCUGUAGAAAAUGAUUUAGCUAUUA